AUGGUCCUUCACCGCAGAGAAAUGCAGCUCGACGAUGCUAUGCCCCUUCAAUACCAGCAGAGCCCAUCCGCAAUCCCACUAACACCCACAAGCACACUUCACCUAAGCCUCGACAACCCACGUUUCCGCAACCACAUUGGCUCCGGCCCUCAUGCAGGUGACGGGCCACCCAAUAUCCCGUACCUUAGCUACCCCUCCGCCCGGGCCUCCCAUUGGUCGCCGGCGGCCGGCGCUUCGUGGCCCCACUCUCAGGGACCCGAGCCAGGACCAGGUAACAGGCCCGAACGGCCCGCUCCUUGCAAGGGCCCCCGUCUUUCCACAACAGCCACCCGUUGCUUUCAGUUCCUUCUUGCGCGGCAAGACGCUGUGCUGUGUCUGCGGUCGAAAUCAACCAUACUUUUCCUUGCGCAUCAUGGCGCUCACAUGGAUUUCAUGCGUCUCAUCGUCUAG